UCUGACAGUCAUCUUCUCAUAUAAAGGUUAUCCAUUCCUAACUCAUAACGAUUAUCAGACGUCAAGGGGCAAAAAUGCAGAACUUGUAUGGGAAUUCAAUGGGAAGAUCUAAACAAGCCAACACUUUGACUAAUGAUAUGGAUGAUGAUGAUGACUAUGAGAACGCCAAUCCUUGUGACUCAGCACCAGUUGUGCCCUCCAGGAAGACUAGGAGAAUUAAGAAUGCUAUGAAAGAGGACCUGGCUUUGAAACGUAUGGAAAAUCCUGCUAAGCAAGCUCCAUCUGUUUGGACCACUCCCCAAAAAGAAGUUUUUCCAAAACAAACCCCAAGUUUUCAGCCACCACCUAUAGGUCUUGAUUUUUCCUCCGGAGCAGUCAAUGCAGCAUUUUCAGAUAUAGAAGAUAUGAAAACGGCAUCGACUUUUGCUAACAAUACAUUUUCAGACUUGGAAGUUAUGCCAAAUAGAAAUAAGCAGAGAUGUGGAAGGUCCAUGUUGGUGGUCUUGAUGUGGUUGAUGUUCAUCAUGUUCAUCGCCUUUGGGGUCAUCACUGUAUUCAUAUUCUUACAUUACAUCACUGUCUCAGGAAGAGUGGCCAGCUUAGUACAAACUGCUUCAGAUUUCCAGAAGAAUUCUGAGGAGGAGCAGGGCGAUCUAAAGACUAAAGUGGCCAAUCUCAGUAAUACGAUGGGGAACUUGCAAGACACACUUAUGGCCAACAUCAAGCACAUUAACAAGACAUUGGAGACUGUCUGCACGCGGUGCCCUGUUGGCUGGUCUGUGAUCGGCUCCUCAUGUUAUUUUGUCUCUCGGGAAGAAAUAACCUGGGAUAAUGCUCGAGACGAAUGCUACAAAAUGAACUCUGUUCUUGUCAUGAUAAAGGACAAGACUGAAUCCGAUUCUUUAAAGCAAUUAUAUAACAUAAACAAGAGAUACUGGAUUGGACUAAGGCGAGACUUAAAUGAAGCUCACAUCUGGAAGUGGUUGGAUGGGACACAAGUCACCUUUACCAACUGGGCAGUGAAUGAGCCCAACUAUCAUGGGAAGGAAGAGGACUGUGGAGAAACCAUAUCUGGACCUUGGAAUGAUCGACCCUGUUCUAAUAAAUUGUUUUAUAUUUGUAAAAGGAUAAGAACAUGCUGAGAUCCAAUCUAUAUCAAGCAGAGGUAUAACAUGGAGCUACUAAGCCUUAAUGUAAAAUUUGGUAUCUUUUAUGUUCCAGAAAGACUUUUGACUCUUUAAGGCAUCAGGGUCUGGAUUUCAAUAUUAUCGCUACAACCCAUAUAGCUAUACCCCUGAUGCCAAGGCUAUAUAAACCAAAUAAUUAGGUAAAAAGCAUACCAAAUUUAUCAUGACCUUCCUAUUUUCAAUGCACAUGGUACCACCUUCAAAUUUGUGCUGUCUAACCAGAAGCCAAACUGACCUUCAUUAGCCACAUCAUAAUCAACAUAGUAGAGUCCUGAUCAUUGGCACGUUGAGGGGAACGGCAAGUUAAAUUUAGAUACUAUUAUAUGGGGUCUUGAGAGGGUAUAGAAUUAUUGUAAACCUACUGAACCUAGUGGCCUCUGUGUGCCUUAACCCCUUAAGGAACCUGGGAUUUUUGCGUUUUCGUUUUUCACUCCCCGCCUUCCCAUAGUUCUAACUGUUUUAUUUUUCCAUUCACAUUCCAUUCCAUUCACAUAGCCUUAUGAGGGCUUAU